UGCGGAAAACACAUUGACAUGUUUUCGACUAAAUGCUGUUGCUAAGCAACGUUGUAAUUGUCGUACAACAUUUAUUGAUUAAACAUGGCGCUAAAAGAGCGAUAUGUAAUUUAAAGUUUUUGAAAGUGAAACCUUAAAGAUGUAAAUAUUUUAACGUGUUUAAAGCUACAGCGUUUUGAAUAUGGAAUCUCCCACGCCUGCAUUACAGUCGAGGGGCAAAGGAAAGAAUCCUAAAGUUCCUGUCAGGUUUCUCCCUCAGCUACCUGAGACUAGACAAAAGCCACUAUGGCAUGAGAACAGACCAGUUUUUCACCUCAAUCAGAGCAAGACUGAGGAUGGCCGGCCAGACUCUGGUGCAAGACGGAGUAAUGGAGGACUGACGAAUGUCAAUGCUGUAUUAUCCUCAAUCAAUUCAACUACCUCCAAAAAACAAUCAGGCUCAACACUUCAAUCUUCGCACAAGAAGGAUAGAGAAGCGUUCAGAAGUUCAUUGGUCAAUAUUAUAAUGCAAAACGAACGGACUAAGCAAGUACCGUCUACUGAUAGUGAGCUUCCUCCAUUGUCUCGUACUGGAUCACCAACAGCCACAGAAAAAGAUAUAUUAAGAUACUAUUAUUAUAUUCAUCAUGGCAUUGAUACCGAGCAUGUCGCCCCCAUGGAGGAUCUAUGGCUGUUUCAUGUCUUAAAACUUGUACCACAGUCAUUGAAGGAUGGUCGUGAUCUUAGUAUUGAAAAUCUCUCCGAUGAAAUGCGUGAAGAUUAUUUACUAAGUGUGAAGAAAGCUAUAGUUGACUUCGUUCUCAAAGAUCCACGCGAGCAAGAGGACGAUAAAGAAAUCAAUACUACACCUGACUACAAGAAAGAACUUUCUCAAGUCCCAAAACCAUGGAAUAAAUCUUACAGAUCAGCAUGUGUUGCAAUAGAGGAAAACCUCUUCGUCACAAAUCCAACCAUGGCUGGCGUUUUAGAUCUCUGGCACAAAUCUUUUGGAACGUUCAGACUGGUGGACAUUGAAGACAUUAAAAGUCGAUCUGAAGCUCUGGAGCUUGCUGUGUUUCAAAAUAUUGUGAUGAAGCACAUUGAAAUUGCAAGGGAAACGUUAACAAAAAAAUGGUUCCCGGAAGUCCAAAACAUCUAUUAUCAAGGAAAUAAGCGCAAACUAGUUCCCAGUAAUCAAAACUCGCGUCGCCUAGAGGCUUUCUUUUCAACAGCAUCGGUUCUGAUGACGAAUCAACUCCAGAGUCUUGCAUUACUCUCCAUACAUGAUUACACAAGUCUAUUUUGUCCACCGAAGGAGUCCACCAGAGUUUUGGAACAUCCGGGAUUUGUAAUGAGACUCGUGCUCGAUGGUGACGUCAUCAAGUUUGAGCCCAACUUCCGAGACUUCGAGAUUGUUCUUAUCAAUGUCUACGAUGUGAUGUUAAAGGCCGUCACGAUUGUACCUCGUGUUGAAACAAAACUCUACUCUGAUGGGCUUGGUCACAAGAAGGCGUCGUUAAAACCGAUUAUAUUGGAAGAAAUUCUCGAAGAUGUAAAAUCUAAGGUACGUGAUGUGGUGAAUCGUGAAAUGGUCGGACCCCAGGAACAUUUAAAGAAGUAUGAAAAGUACUCCGACUUAAUCACGAGAAAAGCUGACGCAGAAGUGGAGCAAUUUCUUCUGGAGGGACAUGAGUUCGAAAGAUUCGUUGAGAAGGUGGAAUAUUACGCCAAGUUGAUAGAUGACAUAACGUACAACUCUCAAAAGAUAAUUCAAGUCGGCAUGUUUGAGUUGCACUGCGAUGAAUUGGUCCGCGGUCUCAGCAAACGAGCUGAUGGCUUAAGAAGUAAAUUACUACAGAGAAUGAUUAAAGAUCAUCAGUUGAUGAACAAAAGGCUUUGUGAAGAGUACGAAAUUGCUGAAAAAGCUUUGACUUCGCCUGCAAACACGGAGCAUAUGAUGGAACUCAUGAAAUUCGUCGAGAAAGUUGAGAACGAGACGAUAUUUGAACUGGAAGAAAAGUUGAGCGAAGCGAAAAAUCGCUUGGUGUUUUUGGUGGAUUACGCAUCGUUUUCUCCCGGAGAUAUGCGAAUGAACAACAACGUAUUCCAAUGGCAUUUCCGAAUGAGCGAAGUGUUUGAAGAACAAAAAAUAACUAAUGCAAAUCGAAUACAGUAUGAAAAUAGCUUAAAGAUGAGACGUGAAAGAUUCGUGGAAGAGUUGGAAGGUUACAGUAAGCAAUUGGAAGAAUUUCAGACGUUUGGUGAACUCGCUGAAGUUGGAAGAUAUUUCAAAAAGGCUCAGGCUUUGCAUGCUCGAUUGGAAACUGCUGCUGAAAAAAUGCAAUCGUUUAACGAUGAAGAAGAGGCUUUUGGUUGGGAAUUGACAACAUACCCUCAAAGACAACAACUGCAGAACACACUAACGCCAUUCCACAAACUGUAUGAAACGACAGUCGAUUUCCUGAACAAGCACAGGGAAUGGAUGGAAGGUCCUUGGGGAUCAUAUGAUCCAGAUGUAGUUGAUCAAGAGACAGGGAACUUUUGGCGCGGACUGUACAAGCUAGAGAAACAGUUCAACGACGUACCCAAAGCGCAAUUCAUAGCUGUCAGGAUGAAAGACAAAGUGGAGGAGUUUAAAGGGCAUCUGCCAUUGGUUCAGGUGAUGUUCAAUCCGGGUCUCCGUGAUCGUCAUUGGGAACAAAUGAGCGACAUUAUGGGCUUCAGCAUCUAUGGCGGCGAAGACAUGAAUCUCGCCAAAAUGGUCGACAUGAAAAUCGAACCUCAUUUGUCGAAAUUCGAGGGAAUAAGCGAAGCGGCAAGUAAAGAAUUCUCGUUGGAGAAAGCAAUGGAAAAGAUGACCAAUGAAUGGGAUGAUAUGAUGUUUAACUUCAUUCCAUAUCGGGAGACUGGGACACACAUUCUAUCAGCGAUUGAUGAAAUACAGACAUUAUUGGACGAUCAGAUUGUAAAGACACAAACUAUGCGAGGAUCGCCGUUUAUAAAACCCUUCGAGACAGAGAUAAAGGAGUGGGAAGCGAAGUUGGUGCUUCUUCAAGAAAUCUUGGACGAGUGGCUGAAAGUUCAGGCGACCUGGCUUUAUUUAGAACCGAUAUUUAGUUCCCCUGAUAUAAUGGCUCAAAUGCCUGAGGAAGGACGACGUUUUACAACGGUUGACAAACAUUGGAGGGAGUUGAUGAAACAAGCUCUGCAGGAUACACACGUGUUGGCUGUGACAAACAUAGAAAAUAUGCUCGAGAAACUAAAGAAAUCCAACGAACUCUUGGAGCUCAUUUUGAAGGGUUUGAACGAAUAUUUGGAAAAAAAGCGCUUGUACUUUCCUCGCUUCUUCUUUCUAUCCAACGACGAGUUGCUUGAGAUCUUGUCCGAGACCAAAGAUCCCACAAGGGUUCAGCCUCAUUUAAAGAAGUGUUUCGAGGGUAUUGCUAGCCUGCAAUUUACCGACAUACUUGAUAUAACCCACUUGAAGAGCUCCGAAGGUGAAAUCGUCGAACUCAAGGACGUUAUCUCGACUGCAAAAGCCAGAGGACAAGUGGAAAAAUGGCUUCUUGAAUUACAAGAAGAUAUGUUGGCUAGCGUCAAAAAGGUCAUCAUGGAAUCCAUCGAGGCUUACAACAAAACAGAGCGAGUAGUCUGGGUUCGAGAAUGGAUGGGGCAGGCCGUACUUUGCGUGAGCCAGUACUAUUGGACCGCGGAAAUACAUAAAGCCAUUCUCGGGGGAUCCAAGGCGUUAAAUGACUACCUUGAAUUAAACAAUAGUCAGAUCGACGACAUUGUCGCACUCGUUCGUGGCAAACUCUCAAAGCAAAAUAGAGCAACACUGGGCGCUUUGGUUGUACUGGAUGUGCACGCCAGAGACGUGUUGGCGCAGCUGGCAAAAGAUGGUGUUGAGAAUGAAAAUGACUUCAACUGGCUAGCACAACUUCGAUACUACAUUGAGGAAGGCAAUAUGACCACUCGUAUGAUCAGUGCUCAGCUUCAUUAUGGUUACGAAUAUCUUGGUAACUCUGGACGUCUUGUCAUCACGCCGCUGACCGACAGGUGUUACCGUACCCUGUUUGGAGCGUUGCAGCUGCAUCUGGGUGGGGCUCCGGAGGGUCCUGCGGGUACUGGUAAAACCGAAACCACGAAGGAUCUGGCCAAGGCUGUCGCGAAACAAUGCGUCGUGUUUAACUGUUCCGAUGGCUUGGAUUAUAUCGCAUUGGGAAAGUUCUUUAAGGGUUUGGCAUCAUGUGGAGCUUGGUCUUGUUUUGAUGAAUUCAACCGCAUCGAUCUUGAAGUUUUAUCUGUCGUUGCUCAACAGAUACUCACAAUUCAGAUGGGUAUCAACUCUGGCAAUGACACGCUGUUGUUCGAAGGAACUGAGAUCAAGUUGGAUCCAUCUUGCGCUGUCUUUAUCACUAUGAAUCCUGGUUAUGCUGGAAGAUCUGAACUUCCUGAUAACUUAAAGGCUUUAUUCCGAAGUGUUGCGAUGAUGGUUCCUGAUUAUGCCCUCAUUGCUGAAAUUUCCCUAUACUCUUACGGUUUUGUCAAUGCGAGACCGCUUGCCGUAAAAAUUGUCACGACGUACACUUUGUGCUCGGAACAACUUUCCUCGCAACAUCACUAUGAUUACGGCAUGAGAGCUGUGAAGUCCGUUUUGACUGCUGCCGGAAAUCUCAAGUUGAAGUACCCAGAUGAGAACGAGGAAAUUCUCAUGCUGCGGUCAAUCAACGAUGUGAACUUGCCGAAGUUUUUGUCUCAUGAUUUGCCGUUAUUUGAGGGUAUCACAUCUGAUCUUUUCCCUGGUAUUAAACUUCCCAAGCCUGACUAUACAAUACUCACCUCUGCAAUCGAGGAGAACUGUGCUCAAAUGAAUCUUCAAGUCACCGAUGUUUUCCUGACUAAAAUACUUCAGAUUUAUGAAAUGAUGAUUGUUCGUCAUGGGUUUAUGAUUGUCGGCGAACCUUUUGGUGGCAAGACAAUGGCCUAUAGAGUACUUGCAAAAUCUCUCACCGAUAUUGCUGAAAAGAAUCUCAUGGAUGAAAACAAAGUCCAGAUCGUUGUUAUUAACCCGAAGUCCAUCACGAUGGGUCAAUUGUAUGGACAGUUUGAUCCUGUUUCCCAUGAGUGGUCCGAUGGAGUGUUAGCUGUCAAUUAUAGAGCAUUUUCAUCAUCUCCUAAUCCAGACCGUAAAUGGUUAAUAUUUGAUGGUCCUGUUGAUGCCGUCUGGAUUGAGAACAUGAAUACAGUGCUGGACGAUAAUAAGAAGCUUUGCUUGAAUAGCGGUGAGAUCAUCCAAUUGGCAUCGACCACGAAUCUCAUGUUUGAGCCAAUGGACCUUGAAGUUGCAUCGCCCGCCACUGUGAGUCGGUGUGGUAUGAUCUACAUGGAACCUGAAAUGUUAGGCUGGAGGCCAUUACUGCUUUCCUGGUUGAACACCUUGCCAAAGACUUUGAAGGAAGACAGCAAAGAAUUGAUAAGGGAUCUCUUCGACAGAAUGGAAACGGCUCUUUUGCAAUUCAUCAGAAAAGGUGGAUUUAAGGAAAUGUCUCCUACAAACGAUGCUAAUCUUGUCUACGCUCAUAUGACUUUGAUGGAGACGAUGAUGGAUGAAUUCAAAAGUGAAGAGGAAUUUAAGAAAUUGAACGAACGCGAGGUGGCAUCUUGGCUAGAGUGUAUCUAUCUUUUUGCGGCCGUGUGGUCCCUGGGAGCUACUAUUCCCUUUGAAGGACGAAAAGCGUUUGACUCUCUAUUUCGCGAGAUAAUUGACGGUCCACUGUCAAUUGACACCCAGGCUAAUUAUAAUAUCAUUGCAAUGGUCGAACCGCCUCCGCGACCGUUUUUGUGUCCGUUCCCUCACAAAGGAACUGUUUAUGAUUAUCGCUUCAUGAAGGAGGGUAUGGGAAGGUGGGAACUUUGGACAGACGAGAUCAAAGAUGCGCCUCCAAUUCCCAAGGAAAUGAUGUUUAAUGAAAUCAUCGUACCGACUGUGGACACUGUUCGUUAUACGUUUCUCAUGAAUCAACUUGUCUCUCACGAGAAACCCUGUCUUUUUGUUGGACCUACUGGAACUGGAAAGUCUGUAUACAUUACCAACUUUUUAUUGAACAACCUUUCGAAAGAGAAGUACAAACCGCUGCUCAUCAAUUUCUCGGCUCAAACGACUGCGAAACAAACCCAGGACAUCAUCAUGUCAAAGUUGGACAAAAGGAGAAAAGGGGUGUUCGGACCUCCGCUGGGCAAAAAGACCGUGAUCUUUAUUGACGAUCUCAACAUGCCGGCUCGUGAAGUUUAUGGUGCUCAACCUCCUAUUGAAUUAAUCCGGCAAUGGCUGGAUCAUUGGAACUGGUAUGAUCUCAAGGACACGUCACCAAUACAUCUGGUCGACAUUCAAAUCAUUGCGGCCAUGGGACCUCCUGGCGGUGGUCGAAACCCGGUAACGCCUCGAUUUCUACGCCAUUUCAACACGAUCACCAUAACGAUGUUCGAUGACGUCACCAUGUUGAAAAUAUUUGGCCGCGUGAUGGACUGGCACCUAACAACAAAUGGAUUCAGUAAAGACUUCCUUCCAAUUGGCGAAUCGUUGAUCAACGCAACGUUAUCAGUUUACAAGAACGCUAUGGCGAACCUUUUGCCGACACCAGCGAAAUCACAUUACCUUUUUAAUUUAAGAGAUUUUGCUCGAGUUGUCCAGGGAGUUUUGUUGUCAACACCUGAACACACGUUAGACCAUAACACGUUGAAGCGUCUUUGGGUACACGAGGUCUUCCGCGUUUACUAUGAUCGGCUCGUGGAUGAUGCAGAUCGUUCGUGGCUCUUUGAGUUCACGAAAGAAGAGAUGCAACGGAGUCUCAAAGUCGAUUUCAACCGUGUGUUUCAACACCUGGACGUUAGCGCCGAAAUUAUAACCGAAGACAACCUGCGAAGCUUGAUCUGUUGUGAUUUUUCUGAUCCGAAGAAUGACAGUAAACCGUACGUGGAGGUUGCUGAUCUCGGCCAAUUGAGGAAGGUCGUGGAAGGCUAUCUGGAAGAGUUCAAUAACAUGAGCAAGAAACCCAUGAAUCUUGUAUUGUUUAGGUUUGCUAUUGAACACGUGUCGCGCAUAUCGCGAGUGUUGAAGCAACCACGUGGUCAUGCUCUCUUGGUUGGCGUCGGGGGCUCUGGUCGUCAGAGCUUAACAAGGCUUGCCGCUCACAUGGCCGACUACGAGCUGUUCCAGGUCGAGAUUGGUAAAGGUUACACGUCGGCUGAAUGGCGCGAAGAUUUGAAAGUUAUAUUAAGAAAGACUGCGGAAGGUGAACAACCCGGCGUCUUCCUCUUUACCGAUACUCAGAUUAAAGAGGAGUCAUUCCUCGAAGACAUAAAUAACCUUCUGAAUGCAGGCGAGGUACCAAACCUUUUUGCACUGGACGAGAAACAAGAGAUUUGCGAAAAAAUGCGUGUGUUUGAUAGACAACGAGAAAAAUCUAAACAGACAGAUGGUUCCCCUGUUGCCCUGUUCAAUUUCUUCAUCGAAAGAGUACGAAAUCAGCUGCACAUUGUUCUAGCAAUGAGUCCAAUUGGCGAUGCUUUCCGCACAAGAUUACGAAAGUUUCCUUCUCUUGUGAAUUGCUGUACUAUCGACUGGUUUCAAUCAUGGCCGGCGGAUGCUUUACAAGUCGUUGCCCAGCGGUUUCUCGCCGAGACCGAAAUGUCCUCUGCGAUACGAGGGGGCUGUGUCAAGAUGUGCCAGGAAUUUCACACGGGAACACGUGUUCUAUCAACGAGGUUUCUUAGCGAACUGAAACGUCAUAAUUACGUGACACCGACGUCAUAUCUUGAACUCAUCAACACGUUUAAAGUUCUCCUUCAAAAGAAACAGGGUGAAGUAAUCCAGGCAAAGAAUCGAUACGAAAAUGGUUUACAAAGGUUGAAGAAUGCCGCUUCGGAGGUAUCGGUGAUGCAACGGGAAUUGGAAGAAUUGCAACCACAGCUCGUAGUUGCUGGUAAAGAGGUCGACGAAAUGAUGAUUGUUAUCAAGAAAGAAUCGGCUGAAGUUGCCGAAACUGAAAAGGUUGUAAAAGCUGACGAGGCCGUAGCCAAUGAGCAAGCGGGGGCUGCUCAAGCCAUUAAAGACGAAUGUGAUCAUGAACUGGGUGAAGCAUUGCCGAUCCUAGAGAGUGCUUUAGCUGCACUUAACACUCUCACAAAUCAAGAUAUCACUGUUGUGAAGACGAUGAAAUCUCCUCCAAAUGGAGUGAAAAUAGUCAUGGAAGCCAUUUGUGUACUGAAGGGAAUCAAACCGGAUAGAAUACCUGAUCCAUCUGGCUCUGGCAAAAAGAUCGAAGACUUCUGGGGACCUUCCAAGAAGAUUCUUGGUGACAUGAACUUCCUGAAAAGUCUACACACUUAUGAUAAGGAUAACAUUGCACCAAGCAUUGUGAAAACCAUCCGUCAGAAGUACACCUCGAAUCCGGAAUUCGAUCCCGAUAAGAUCAAGACUGCGUCCACUGCUGCCGAAGGCUUGUGUAAAUGGGUCAUUGCGAUGGAUCAAUAUGAUAAGGUUGCCCGAGUGGUAGCUCCAAAGAAGGAAGCUUUGGCUGCUGCUGAGGCUGAGUUAGCUGUGGCUAUGGAGGGUUUGGAGAAGAAGCGGUCUGCGCUUCGUGAAGUUCAGGCUAAACUCGCAAGAUUGCAGGAGAAAUUUGAAGCAAACGUGAAAAGAAAAGGAGAACUAGAACAACAGGUCGAUAUGUGCUCAAGAAACUUGAGCGCGCUAAAAUUGAUCAGCGGUCUUGGUGAAAAACACGCUUGGGAUAUUGUUUAAAAUUUGGUUGGUGAUGUCCUUAUUUCGUCUGGUGUUGUAGCCUAUCUUGGCGCAUUUACAUCCCUCGAACAAAUCAAACAAUGGCAAGCUCAGUGUAUUGGAAACGGAAUUCCUUGCUCGAGUGACUUCUCCGUCACUGGGACCUUUGGUGAUCCAGUGAAGAUACGCGAUUGGAAUAUCUGGGGUUUGCCCACUGAUUCUUUCUCUGUCGAGAAUGGUAUUGUGAUAAGUAAUGCAAACCGCUGGCCACUUUGUAUCGAUCCUCAAGGUCAGGCGAACAAAUGGAUCAAGAACAUGGAGAAGAAAAAUAAUCUUCACGUGAUCAAGCUGACCGACCAAGAUUAUGUUCGUACUUUGGAGAACUGUAUCCAGUUUGGAACUCCUGUACUUUUGGAAAACAUUGGUGAAGAACUCGACCCAGUCCUCGAACCGCUGUUGUUGAAACAGACAUUCAAACAAGGCGGUAGCAUUUGUAUUAAGCUUGGAGACAGUGUAAUUGAGUAUUCCAAAGAUUUCAGAUUUUACGUCACUACAAAACUUCGUAAUCCUCAUUAUCUCCCAGAAACAUCUGUAAAAGUGACUUUGCUGAAUUUCAUGAUAACUCCAGAAGGCUUAGAGGAUCAGCUACUUGGCAUCGUUGUUGCUCGCGAGAGACCCGAGCUCGAAGAAGAAAAGAAUGCGUUGAUAAUCCAAAGUGCCGAAAACAAGAGACAACUGAAAGAAAUAGAAGAUAAAAUUCUUUCUAUUUUGUCGUCGGAGGGAAACAUUCUUGAAGACGAGACUGCUAUCAAUGUUCUUUCAUCUUCCAAAGUGCUGGCAAAUGAAAUCUCCGAAAAACAGGCGAUUGCUGACGAAACUGAGAAGAAAAUUGACAAAACACGUAUGGGUUACGCACCGAUCGCUGUCCAUUCCUCAAUAUUGUUUUUCUCCAUCGCUGAUCUUGCAAACAUCGAGCCCAUGUACCAGUACUCGCUGACUUGGUUCAUUAAUUUAUUCAUCAUGUCCAUUGAUAACUCGGAGAAGAACGAUGAAGUUGAAAAAAGAUUGAACAUCUUACGAGAACAUUUCACGUAUUCUCUCUAUUGUAACAUAUGUCGAUCAUUAUUUGAAAAGGAUAAGCUUCUUUUCUCCCUCCUGCUUUGCGUAAAUCUCCUCAAAGGAAAAAAUGAAAUUGAAGACGAGGAGUGGAAGUUCCUGCUUACCGGCGGCGUGGGCCUUGAUAAUCCUCAUGCGAAUCCAUGCUCGUGGCUACCAGCGAGGUCCUGGGACGAGAUGUGCCGCUUGGAUGAUUUAGAGAAGUUUAAAGGUUUUCACACAACGUUUAAGAGUCAAGUUGAUGGAUGGAAAAAAAUAUACGACAGUAACGAACCUCAAAGCGAACCUCUACCGGAUAAAUGGAACGAUAAACUGGAUGUUUUUCACAAACUUAUAGUCCUACGAUGUUUACGACCAGAUAAGGUGACUCCUGCAGUUCAACAAUUUGUGAAGAUGAAGUUAGACAAACGAUACAUUGAGCCUCCACCUUUUGAUUUGGCUAAAGCAUUUACCGACUCUUCAUGUACAACUCCACUGAUCUUCAUUCUUUCUCCUGGCUCCGAUCCUACAGCUGCUUUACUGAAAUUUGCUGAUGAUCAGGGCUUUAGCGGCUCAAAGUUGAGCUCGUUGUCGUUGGGUCAAGGUCAGGGUCCCAUUGCAAUGCGCAUGAUCGACAAAGGGACAAAAGAAGGAACAUGGGUGGUUUUACAAAAUUGUCAUCUUGCCACAUCAUGGAUGCCGACCUUAGAAAAAGUCUGCGAGGAGUUCAACCCCGACACGACGCACCCGGACUUCAGGCUAUGGUUGACGAGUUAUCCCAGUCCAAAUUUUCCCGUCUCUGUCCUUCAAAAUGGCGUGAAGAUGACGAAUGAACCUCCUAAAGGUCUUCGAGCCAACAUCAACCGCUCUUAUCUUAGUGAUCCCAUUUCUGAUCCUGAGUUUUUCACUACUUGUAAAAACCCGGGCCCGUUUAAGAAGCUUCUGUUCGGUCUGUGCUUCUUUCACGCCCUCGUUCAAGAGCGACGAACGUUUGGUCCUCUUGGAUGGAACAUUCCUUACGAGUUCAACGAGACUGAUUUAAGAAUUAGUGUGCGACAGUUACAUAUGUUUUUAGAUGAUUAUAAGGAUGUACAGUAUGCAGCCUUAGCUUACCUCACUGGAGAAUGUAACUAUGGCGGUCGGGUGACAGACGACAGAGAUAGGAGAACAUUACUAACAAUUCUCGAUAAGUUUUACUGUCCUCAAAUUCUUGAUGAAAGUUAUGCGUUUUCACCCAGUGGUAAAUACUACUCACCAAAGGAAGGAAGUUACGAAUCUUAUUUGGAAUACACGCGAGAUCUUCCGCAGAUAACUCAUCCAGAAGCAUUUGGAAUGCAUGCCAAUGCUGAUAUAUCAAAAGAUCAACAAGAAACUCAACAAUUGUUCACAAACAUCCUUCUUACCCAGUCGAGAACAUCCUCGGGUGGUGGUAAGUCGGACGACGAGAUUUUACAGUCCGUAGCUACGGAUAUCUUGAGUAAGAUGCCCCCAGGGUUCGAUACCGAAGCUGCCCUUCGUAAAUAUCCGACCACCUACACGCAGAGCAUGAAUACGGUUUUGGUGCAAGAAAUGGUUCGCUUCAAUCGCCUCUCGGAGAUUGUUCGAAAUAGUUUAAGAAAUCUACAGAAAGCAAUAAAGGGUCUAGUGGUGAUGUCGAGCGAACUGGAGGAAGUUGUUGACAGUAUCUUAAAAGGACGUAUCCCAAGUUUAUGGAUGAAACGAUCAUAUCCCUCUUUGAAACCGCUGGGCAGUUAUAUCAGCGAUCUUAUCGCGAGGCUCAAGUUUUUGGAGGACUGGUACGAGACGGAAGCUCCUUCCGUCUUCUGGAUUUCAGGAUUUUUCUUCACUCAAGCCUUUCUCACGGGUUCCAAGCAAAAUUUUGCAAGAAAAUACACAAUUCCCAUUGACCUUCUGACAUUUGAUUUUAAAGUUCUGGAAGAUGGAGAUUACCCCGUUCCUCCAGAAGACGGUGUCUAUGUGAACGGUCUUUUUAUGGAGGGAGCAAAAUGGGACCGAGAAAACAAAGUUAUUGGAGAAUCCAUUCCUAAAGUAUUACAUGACAAGAUGCCUGUGAUGUGGUUGAUUCCUUGCAAGAAGGAGGACGUGUUGGAGAGGUUGCAUUAUCUAUGUCCUGUGUAUAAAACCAGCGAACGUCGUGGUACCUUAUCGACGACUGGACAUUCGACAAAUUUUGUCAUGAACAUCCGCAUUCCUUCUGACCAGCCGCAAUCUCAUUGGAUCAUGCGUGGCGUGGCGAUGCUGUGUCAACUCAACAACUGAGAUAAGAUCCCGUCUCGAUUCUUUUUCUUUGAUUAUUGUUGUAUAAAACGAUGUACAUAUUUUCAUGAAGGAGUUUUUCUACCAUGUUCCCCCCAACUUUGGCCUCAAACAUUUGUGAUUUUCGUCAUUAUGGAAAUUUAUUUAAACUUCAUUUUGUAAUAUUUCCCGUAUUUUAAAAAACUUUUUGACUGAUUGUACUUUCGAAAGUUAUUAAAAGUAAGCGAAAUGUUGGUGCGUUUUGAAAAAAUGCAAAGCGUCCAACCAAUGGGGCCUUCCCCAGAACGAACAUAGUUCAUAUGUUCAGUUGUGGCCAGACCCAUUUCGUUUGAAAGUGAA